UUCUUGAGACACGGCCUUUCAGAUGCUGUUUUCUUGCCACAGUGCACGUAGCGAAGACUGCGAAAACACGCAAUGUCUGCAGUGUAAAUGUUUAGAGAUGUAAAUCCUGAAAUAACAAGAUAACUCAACAUUGUCUGAGAUAAACACCGUCAUUCAUCUGUCUUCAGGUGCUAGACUCAAUGGAGAAUGUCUAGACGAGGACGUUCGAGAAGAUCCAAAGCAGGGACGUCCACAGGACAGUGUGAGGGUCCUGGCAUCCAUGUGUUUCUGUUCUGGACCAAAGAAGGCGAGCGCUGCCUGUCUUACCAUGAGGGCGAAGUGACAGCUGAGGACCUCACCAUUAAUGCAGCCAAGGCUGUGGGUAUCACUCCAGUGUGCCAUGCCUUGUUUGCGCUCUAUGAUCCUGCAUCCUCGUGUUGGUACAGCCCAAAUCACAAAUUUAACAUGGAAAACCAGUCAGGCCUGUUGCUACAUUUUCGUAUGAGAUUUUACUUUCGUAACUGGCAUGGUUUAGGUGAAAAGGAACCGACAGUGAUACGCUAUGCAUUGCGGACUGUUAUUGGGCAAGAGCAGGUGACGUAUCCCUUGCUGGAGAUGACCUCACUGGAGUACCUCUUUGCUCAGGCUAAACAUGAUUUUGUGAAUGAUUUGGCAUGUUUGGAUGCGGUGAGGGGAGAGGAAGAGAUUGGUCACUUUAAGAAUGAGUGUCUGGGUAUGGCUGUGCUUCACCUCUCUCAUACCGCCCUGCAGACUGGCUCUUCUCUACAGGAUGUGGCCAGGCAGACCAGCUUCCUCCGUUGCAUCCCUCGGUCUCUCUUCCAACACAUUGCCCGUGACAACUUCCUGACAAGGUUCCGUAUUCGCCGCGUGUUCGCAAACUUUGUGCGCAGCUUCCAGCAGCACACAGUAGGAAUGGGGAAGCUAGGAUCCCAAGAGGUCAUGUACAAAUAUUUGUCCACCCUGGAGCGCCUGGCACCACAUUUUGGCAUUGAGGCAUUCCCUGUGUUCCAUCUUGAUGUGAGAUCUGAUGGAGAUGGCAGUGGGUCGUAUCUCAUUGCCUCCCGAACACAAAGUUCCACUGAGGGAAUCGUGAACAGUGAACCUACUCAUGAGAUUAGGGUGUCUGGGUCAACAGGCAUACUUUGGAGGAAGUUACCAGCACAAAGGGAGAAUAACUACAUGGAGAAAGACUACAAUCAUAACCAGAGCAGAGAUGCACAGACUCAUGGCGAGCAGGAAAUAGACAGUUGGAACUCCUUCUGCGACUUCCCUGAGAUCUCUCAUAUUGCCAUCACGGGUGUCAACAUCUGUAUCAGUCGCCAAGACAACAUGUCAAUGGACAUGCGUUUGGGCUCCAGCCUAGAGGCUCGCUCUCUGGUUUCACUGCUUGAUGGAUAUUUCCGCCUUACAGCUGAUGCACAUCAUUAUCUGUGUCAUGAGGUGGCUCCGCCCAGAGUGGUUCUCAGUGAGACCAAUGGCCUACAUGGUCCCAUACUGGAUGAGUUUGUUCUCCAGAAACUAAAGAAAGAAGCAGAGGAGGGAGCGUUUAUUGUGCGCUGGAGUGUUUUGGAUUACCAUCGUCUAAUCCUUGCAGCUCUGAGUAAGAAUCAGGAUGGAGAAAGUCCAAUUCACAAACAGUUCGGAAUCAUACAGAGGGGCUCUGUGUUCAAACUCGAGGGCUGGGACCAAGAGUUCUCAAGCAUAAAACAGCUCACCUACAGCUUAAAGUCCUUUGUGCUGAAGUCUGGUGAAGACAGUUUCACUGUGAAGAAGUGUUGCCUGCCCAGACCAGGAGAGCUCUCAAACCUACUCGUAAUGAGAAAGGGUGCCAAAAGUAGUGUUGAACCUUUGUCUGAAAACUUCAACCUCAGUCAACUGAGGUUCCACCAGAUUAAAGACAAGGAGAUUGUAAAGGAGCAGCACCUGGGACGUGGCACAAGGACUAACAUUUAUGCAGGUCGGCUGAAGGUUUACGGCACAACAGAGGAUGAUGAUGACGAGUCGAACAAUAAUCACAGCGACAAGAAAGGCAUCCGAGUUGUUCUCAAAAUUCUUGACCAGAGUCACAAGGAUAUAGCGCUAGCGUUCUUUGAGACAGCCAGUCUCAUGAGUCAGGUGUCGCACUGUCAUCUGGUCUUUGUGCAUGGAGUUUCAGUGAAAGGAUCUGAGAACAUCAUGGUGGAGGAGUUUGUGGAGUUCGGCCCAUUAGAUGUGUUCCUGCACAAAGAGAAGGCCCGUGUCACUGCACAGUGGAAAUUUACAGUUGCUAAACAGCUUGCCAGCGCUCUUUGCUAUCUUGAGACAAAGCGUUUGGUCCACGGAAAUGUCUGUGGCAAGAAUAUCCUGGUGGUGAGGAAGGGUUUGGAGGAGGGCAUGUCUCCCUUUGUGAAGCUGAGUGACCCAGGCAUUGCACUGACAGCUCUGUCUCGUGGAGAACGUGUGGAGCGCAUCCCAUGGAUUGCUCCUGAGUGUAUUGCCGAUGGAGCUCGUAUAGGAAGUGCUGCUGACCAGUGGAGCUUUGGAGCCACUCUGCUUGAAAUCUGCAACAAUGGAGAUCUUCCCAUCAGUGGCAGCACACUGACUGAGAAAGAGCGAUUUUAUGAGACUCAGAGUCGCCUGGCAGUGCCUUCAUCUCAAGAGCUGGCAAGCUUUAUCAGCAUGUGUCUGACGUAUGACCCUGCAGCAAGACCUUCCUUCCGGACCAUACUAAGAGAACUAACAGAGAUUCAGAUAAAAAAUCCAGACAUCUCCUCGGAUUGUGAGUCCCUUCCUGACAGAGACCCCAGUAUCUUUUACAAACGGUACCUUAAGAAGAUCAGGGACCUGGGAGAGGGACAUUUUGGAAAGGUGAUGCUGUACGUGUAUGACCCAGACAAUGAUGGAACAGGAGAAUACGUGGCAGUGAAGGCCUUGAAACAAGAGAGUGGCAGUAACCUCCAUGAUUCCUGGUUGAAGGAGAUUGAAAUACUCAAAUCACUUUACCACAACAAUAUAGUCAAGUACAAGGGCUGUUGUACUGAACUGGGUGGACAGGUAAUUCAGUUAAUCAUGGAGUAUCUUCCGCUGGGAAGCCUCAGAGAGUAUCUACCUAAACAUCGGCUUGGAAUCGCAAAAAGUCUAUUGUUUGCUCAGCAGAUCUGUAUGGGGAUGGACUAUCUGCACUCCAAACGGUACGUCCACCGAGAUUUGGCAGCACGAAAUGUUUUGGUGGAGAAUGAAGGUGUGGUCAAAAUUGGUGACUUUGGCCUGACAAAGUACAUUCCUGAAGGGGAGAUCUACUAUCGUGUUCGGGAGGAUGGAGACAGCCCUGUGUUCUGGUAUGCUAUAGAGUGCUUAAAGGAGGGCAAGUUUUCCUUUGCCUCUGAUGUUUGGUCCUUUGCUGUGGCCCUUUAUGAGAUUUUGACCUACUGCAACCAUCGCCAAAGCCCUCCUUCGAAAUUUUUUGAGAUGAUGGGAAUGGUCCAAGGGCAGAUGACUGUGGUUAAACUUAUUACUCUACUAGAGAAAAACAGAAGACUGCCCUGCCCUCGAGACUGUCCUCGUGAGAUUUAUUUACUGAUGGAGCAUUGCUGGGACUUUAACCCUGGGCAGCGUCCAUCCUUCAAAUCCCUGGUUGAGUCUUUGGAGGACAUCCGACGAACAUACGAACAGCAACCCUCUGUGCAGCUCACUCAGAUCAACCAUCGCUGACCUGCUUUUGCUCUCUGUGCUGUUCACACAGCCUCUAACCACAACAUUUCACUUUGAGUUUGGCCUCACAUGGCUGAUAAUGUCACAAGGGCAUGCUUUUCGAGAAGAGGAUGUUUUUGUAUGUUUGAGUUAAGAGCGAACCCACAUACUACUUUUCCACAAAAACCAGACCAGUGUUUGUGACGAAGCCAGUGCUCGGCCAUUGGAUCUGUGCUGCUGCACAACGGCAAAACACAGUAACUACACAUUUUGUCAAAAUUGAAUUAUGACCUAAAUUGGGUCUCUUAUGCCAAAGUAUUCUUCGGUUUUGACACCAACGCUUAGCGUCUGUGUACAGUCUAAUGCUCAGCCUUUCAAAGUAUACUUUGUUUGCCUGUGUGCAUUUGACAAAGGCAGUUGGUGCAUGCGCGCUAUGACUGCUAUGAGACACUGGACUAUUUCUCUUCAGGAAUUUAGACCCAUAAAGAUCUCAAGUUAUACAAAUGCAGGUGUCUCCUGACUUCCUCACACAUGCGCACUUGACGUGCACAUCCACUAUUGUUGUUUCCAGCUUCGUCUCCUGUUGUUUAGCAGUGAUAACAUCUAGCGCUUCUUCGUGAAAGCAAAGGCUCGAUUGUGAGUGUUGCCACCUUACGGCAAAUAAUUCCAGCCACGUGCGCACACUGCUCAUUCAGAGAAAUUCAGAGAAUUUUUCAGAACAGAAAAAUGUUCUUGCUUUCAGUGUUGGUCUAGUUACUGUGUUUUGCCUUUGUAGAGCAGUGUGAACCUUUCCCAGAAACCGGCCCACAUUUCCACUGACUUAAGAGCGGAACGAUGGCGUAACUCUUACUGCAUAACCUGCCCACAAUCAUACACAGCUUUUGACUUACUGGUUCAAAACCUGCAAGUUUGAGGGGCUGCUGCAGAGAUAAUUUUUGGCCCCAAAUCACGUUGUCUUCAGUAGAAAAGUGUGGAAUGAUUCCGGAUAGGGCUCUUGCACCAGCACUGGCACUCUGUCUGUAGACAAGGGGUAACUGUGACCUGAAGUACUCUUGAAAGCUGAAGUGUGUAAUUUCUGUGUCACUGGCAUCACCAAACAGAAUGGCAAAAAUAAUCAAUUUUCAAAAAGAUUCCAAAAACAUUCCCGCCAUUAUUUGAGCCAGUGUUAAUGUGUCGGGAAGUACGGGCUGAAAACAAACAUAAAGAAUGUUUUGAUUGCUGCACAGUGUUUCAAUUUUACAUGUAAUCAACCUACAAAUGGCUUACUUAUAGUUGACUCUGCAUAUGAAGCUGGGAUAUGAGAAUUUAACAAAAUUACACACAUCAGCUACAUAAUAACCAAAGAAUGCCUGGUCCUGGACCUAAUUCAUUCCUUAAUCAGUGUAACAUAUAGUGUAAUGUAAAUACUCUCAGGUGUGUUUAGAUGCUUUCGAGUUUACGUCCUCAUUCCCCAGACCUGCUGAUAAAAAUUGGGAGUAAAACCAAAGGCUGUGACAGGCUGUAUCCUGGAAGGCCUUAAAAUAUGACUUUUAGUCAGAUUUUUUAUAUUUAUUUUCUUCUUUUUGUAAAAUGUGCAAUUCUUCAGUCAAGUUUAAUGGGCUUUUGCACUCCUCGUGUGAAAUGCCUUGCCUUAAUGUCUCACUGAAUGUACCUAUAUAAACUCUUUUAAUAAACAUAAAUAUUGAAAGUGUAUACCAAAAUACAAUCUCUGAAUGUAUCUGAACUUUAUACUAGAUUUGUGAUUGUGGUUUUAGUGAAUGUAAGCAUUUUGCAAUUUAUAUGAUGUGGGUACUGACUAUAUUGCCUAUUCUUUUUUUUAUAAUUUCAAAAAGAAUUAACAUUGAAAACAUGCAAAACCUGUCACUUUAGGCCAGGUCUUCAUUGGAUGACCAGCUAGGCAAAACUCAUUUUAAAGACAGCAGAACCCACAAGACUUUCACAACAAAUAUAUCCAUGGAUCUAUUGGGGACCAUUAUUCUACUGUUUUUACAGCUUGUACCCUUGAUAUUCGUAAAAGCCUCUUUUAUUGUAAUCUGGCAACCUAGAUGGUAUGUAUUGUAAAAAAAAAAAAAAGUGAGAAAUUAAAAUAUUGACAGAAAGGAUGAACUGUCUACAUGAAGGGUAUUAAGAAAAAAAUAUAAAGUGAAAUGUGUAUUUUAAAACUUUUAACUUAAACUGGAUAGAGUUUAGAACCUUAAACUGAAGGCCCUUGCCUAGACAGUCAACAGUUGUAUUUUGGCUUUUGUGUUGCUUACACCAAGGUGUAUUUUUUUAUUUUAUUUAUUUUUUUUACUUUACUUUUCGAAGGCCCAAAUAUGAUGAUCCCCUUGUGAGGGACCCUUGUUCUAA